AUGGUCCUCUUCGUCUUGGCCGCGAUCAAUACCAUUUCUGUGCUGGGCGUGUUCUACAUCUACCCAGACUUUCUGGGUAGCGCCUCAAGGUUGGCCUUCUUCCUUCACUGGCUUUCCUGUAUCUGGCUGUGGACCAACACCCUCCUGAACUACGCGCAGUCUGUCCUGAGAGAUCCUGGCUUCGUGGCCGUGCAGCGUUUGGGCAACAUUGGCCCCGGUGCGCUGGAGGGCUACCGAUUUUGCAAGGCCUGUGGCAAAGGCAAGCCGCCUGGCAGCCAUCAUUGCAGAAUCUGCCGGCAGUGCGUCUAUGACAUGGAUCAUCACUGCCCUUUCAUUGGCAAUUGCGUGGGGAGGGGAAAUCGGCGGAGCUUCGUGGUGUUCCUGUUCUGGUCGACGGUCUCCGUAUCAUAUGUGCUGGCUGUCACAGCUACCUAUUGUUUGGACCACAUGGAUGACAUCACUCAGAACGUGAAUGACAUCAUCGCAAAGCUCCCGCCGCUGUCAGAACGGACCCUGCCUGUCUACAUUACGAGACUAGUGGAGCACUCCUACGCAGGUGUGCAUCUACAUGCUGCCAGUGUCUUGCUUCUCCUUUGCUGCACCGUCUUCUCCAUGACGGGCUCGCUCCUCGCCAAGCAGAUCCGACUUCUCCGGUCUGGUGAAACCACCAUCAGCAGGCUCCAGGGUCGAAAGCGAGGAUCGGGCACCUCAGCCAGCACGAAGACCAGCUGCGACAAAGUCUUCGGCAUCGGUCCAUGGUGGACAUGGGUCUUGCCACAGCUCUACCCACAUCGGGCCGUGGCAAAGACAGUCUAG